UCUCGCGCAUCCUUUCCUCCGGAGGCGGAGGCGGGAGUUUUUCUCCAUCUCUCUCUCUCUCUCUCUCUCUCUCUCUCACCCCAUCCAGUUGAGCGCGCAGCCUGAUCCCGUUCUGUAGCUCGGCGCGCUUCUCCGUCCAGCAGCAUGUCGAGCCUGUUGGAGAACCCUCUCCAGGCGGUGCUCUAUCUGAAGGAGCUGACGACCAUCGUGCAGAACCAGCAGGGCCUCAUUCAGACCCAGCGGCGUCGCAUCGACACGCUCGAGCGCAAGUUAAAGGAGCUGGCUGGAGAAAACCGGCGGCUCCACGACGCCACACACCGGCAUCCCUCGCGGCCUCAUCCGCCCCCUCGCACCUCCUCCGCUUUGGCCAACAGGGACGGGACGCCCCCCCCUCCUCUGCGGACACCGACUACUCAAACCGAGCGCCACUCACCACAAGACAUGCAGCUGGUACCCGCCGUGCCCAGCGGUGCAAGCAUGGACUCAUCAACGGAGGACACGGACGCAGACACGCGCUGCCGGUCCCUGGUGCCCCAGAUGUCCACCGCUCUCUGUCGGACCGGCCCAAGGAAUUCAGAAAGCCAGACGGUCCUGCACCAGUUCUGCUGCCCCGCCCCUGAAGCUCCUGAAGGCGAUCCCACCGGCUGUUCACGGCGUUCAGUCCAUCCAGUCGAAAGAGAGGAAGAGAAAGACCAGAAGGACGCACCUUGUUUGAGCCCUACAUCCUGUUCGCAUACUCCAGACUACGAGCUGUCUCCUGAUCUCAAACAAAAACAGAUUGAGGAUUUGGAGCAGAAGUACGGUGGUGCUCUGAUCUCCCGCCGCGCUGCCUGUAAGAUCCAGACGGCGUUCCGUCAGUACCAGCUCAGCAAGAACUUCCAGAAGAUCCGUAACUCGGUUCUGGAGAGCGGUAUUCCGAGGCGCAUGUCCAUGCGCAGGGUGCGUGUGCAGAGAGAUGGCUUCUCUGCUGAGCGAGCGCUGAUGGAGGGAUGUACUCUCAUGGGUAUCCCGCUCACACACUCCAGCUCACUGCCCACAGGGGCCGCUAACACACUCACAAACCUGGAGGACACCUUCAGCGAACAGGUCCAGUCCUUAGCCCGCUCCAUAGACGAGGCCUUGAGCAGCUGGACUUCAGUACGCGAUGGGGAGGGGGCGGGAACUUCAGUGACCAAGCCCUCUGGAUCAGUCACAGAGGGUCUGCUGAUGGACGCGACCACCCUUCAGGAGGCCACGCAGAACACCUGUUCAGAAAACAUUCCUCGCAGCGCCAGCAAGCUCAUGAUGGCCUUCAGAGACGUUACAGUGCAAAUCGACAACCACAACUUUCACCUGUCCUCCUCUGUGCUAGAGUCCGUUUCCCUAGGCAACGGCAUCUCCAAGGAAACUGCCACAGAGCCGCAAGCAAGGGUGCAGAGCGGGGGUCAAAAUGAAUCGUCCACCACGGCUGAGGCUGAGUUCCCAGCCCCGCCCCCUAGCGAGGAGAUAGCGCUGGAUCAGCGGCCCGCUGGUGAUGAAGCAGAAUCUGCUCAGUCGGCUUGGGAGAAGCCGCUGACUAAUCAGAGUGCGUCGGAGAACAGCUCCGAACCAAUCAGUAGCAGCAGCACAUCCACCUCGGCGUGUGAGAACAUGAUCAUAUCCUUACCGCGCACACACUGCCCAGACACGCACUGUGGGACGCUCUCCACAGACGUAGCACGCAAGCGCCUCUACCGCAUCGGACUCAACCUGUUCAACAUAAACCCAGACAAAGGCAUCCAGUUCCUGAUCUCACGAGGUUUCAUCCCUGACACGGCCAUAGGCGUGGCUCACUUCCUGCUGCAGAGGAAGGGCUUAAGUCGGCAGAUGAUUGGAGAGUUUUUGGGCAACAGCAAGAGACAGUUCAACAGAGAUGUUCUUGACUGUGUGGUGGAUGAGAUGGAUUUCUCCAUGCUGGAGCUGGACGAGGCUCUCCGGAAGUUUCAGGCUCAUGUGCGUGUACAGGGAGAAGCUCAGAAGGUGGAGAGGCUCAUCGAGGCAUUCAGUCAGAGGUACUGUAUGUGUAACCCUGAUGUGGUGCAGCAGUUCCACAACCCUGACACCAUCUUCAUCCUGGCCUUCGCCAUCGUCCUGCUCAACACUGACAUGUACAGCCCUAACAUCAAACCCGAGCGCAAGAUGCUCCUCGAGGACUUUAUACGCAACCUCCGAGGGGUGGACGACGGUGCGGAUAUUCCGCGGGAGAUGGUGGCUGGCAUUUACGAGCGCAUCCAACAGCGCGAGCUCCGCUCCAACGAAGACCAUGUGACCUACGUCACCAGGGUGGAGCAGAGCAUUCAGGGAAUGAAGACAAUCCUGUCCAUGCCUCACCGGAGGCUGGUGUGCUGCAGUCGUCUUUAUGAGGUCAGCGACGUGAACAAGCCACAGAAACAAGCAGCCCAUCAGAGAGAGGUGUUCCUUUUCAAUGACCUCAUUGUGAUACUGAAGCUGUGUCCCAAGAAGAAGAGUGUAGCAACAUACGUGUUCUGUAAAGCCAUGGGUCUGCUGGGGAUGCAGUUCCACAUGUUUGAAAAUGAGUAUUAUCCUCAUGGUAUUACCAUCCUGUCUCCGUUCUCGUCGGAGAAGAAGCAGGUGGUGAAUUUCUGCUCGCAGAAUCUGGAGGAGUUGCUGAAGUUCGUGGAGGAUCUGCGGGAGAGCAUCGCCGAGGUGGCUGAGAUGGAACAGAUCCGUAUCGAAUGGGAAUUAGAGAGGCAGCAGGCAACAAGAACACCUGCUCAGAACAAUGGCAGCCAGCUGGAGAUGCAUUCAAGACCAAUAUCUCCUGCAGGAGACCACGAUUUCUACGACAAGACUGGAAGCAACGCAGUGGAGGUGUCAAUUCACCACAGGCUCCGAACGUACCAGGUCAGCACUCCUCCGGCUCCGCCCACUUCUCAGCCUCAGCUGGCCAUCAUGCCUAGCCCGGCUUCCAGCUCCGUCCUUAACAUCUCCCCUGACACGCUCAUCCAGUGCCAGCAGAUCGACAAGGUGAUCGUCAUGGACUCGGCAGGCCGCGGACACGUAGAGACGUUCCUGAGCCAAAACCCCGGACAGCGGUUAAUCCAGUCGGCUGUGUCCACUCCGACCCGCACGAGGGAAGGCGGAGCAAAGCAGCCACCCCUGCCACCUCCACCGCCUCCUUAUCACCACAAACACCAAUUCUGCCCUCCGACUCCACCCCCUCCACAACACCUGCUCAGUCAGCGUAGGUAUUCAAGUGGGACACGCAGUCUAGUCUGAACACACACACACACACACACACUUAUAUUCAAGUGUAUCAGUUCCCAUUGUACCUUUUCUAUUCAAAUCCACAUGACCACAGACGGUAAUAUAUUCUUUUCUCUCUGACAAAACACACACGAAUACACUCCUUUUAUACUCGGCUCCGUCCUGUAUAAAUAAUCACAUCUCACAAUCGGGGCCUCGUGUCCUCUAAAUGAGUAUUUUAGAUACAGAGUAGCUAGUUUUGUCAGAUGUUCUUUUCCCUCUACUUUUAUCUCUUUAAGGGUUUAUAGAGCAAUUUCCACAGAGUUGCAACAUUAGCAUCAGACUUUCUUACGACCUGUAACGUACAGCGUUACGACGUUAGCAGUGUUGGUGUUAGACACAUGGUUCAGGACUGUACAACAUGGCUUAGAUUAGAGUUACACAAGGGUGAACAUGUUUUAUUAAACAGGGUGUCCACAGGCUCUUCAAUUACUCUGCAAUCUACUAAUGAACAGAACUGAUCGAUCCAUCUUGGACUUCCUUUCACUCUAAAACGCAUCAUUAAAAAAAAAAAAACGACCCUGGAUUAAGAAUAAAACUUAAACUCGACACUGAAUUAAAUAUCAUUGUUUUUGUUCAUAUCAGGUUUGGUAUUUCUGGUAUAUUUUCGCUUUUUUCUUCCUGCUAAUUUUAACUUCUUCCUGCUCAGUGCCAAUACGAUUGCUCUGAGCAGCUGAAUGAAUAAAAUAAUAAAAUAAUAGCGAUGUUUCUGUAAAUUUAGUUCCCUCUCUAGUCCAGAAAACGUGUCCAUGGACUGAAGGAUAAGCUGACCAAACACUCAUCUUCUACUCUUAAAGAUGACACUAAUUUAAUUAAUAACUAUAUCUUUAGCAGGUCACUCCUCACAGAGUCUCAGAUUAAGCUGAAUCUCCGCUGAUGUCCUCUGUGGGAGGAGUUUUGUUGUUGUUGUUGUUGAUGAAGACAAUAUUAUUUAAUUAAUAAUUCUCUAAAUUAUGUUUUUGACAUUGGCCUUAAACUGUAUUCCAUAGUUAAGUAUAUUUAUAACCAAAAACAUAAAUUUGCAAAAAUUUUAAUUUAAGAAAAAAAAAUGACCAAGACACGCCUCUGCUUUUGACAAACUCCGCCCUAGUCUUGUUAAUCUUCUGAAUAGCGCAUACGUCUUUCUUUCUUUCUUUCUUGCUAAAGUUCCUUCCUUCCUUCCUACAAGGUAUUUCUUUCUUCCUUUCUUUCUUCUCACAAGGUAUUUCUUCUUUCUUUCUUCCUUUCUUGCUAAAGUUCUUCCUUCCUUCAUUCCCUCCUUCUUUCUUUCUUUCUUGAAAAAAGGCCUUUCUACCUUACUUCCUCUUUCUUUCUUUCUUUCUGAAAAAAGGCCUUUCUUUCUUUCUUUCUUGAAAAAAGGCCUUUCUUCCUUCCUUCCUUCCUUCCUUCCUUCCUUCCUCCCUCCUUCCCUUUAAUAUGACGCUAAACAUAAUAAAAACAUAAAUUUCCAAAAAUCUAAAUUUAAGAAAUAAAUACGCUCAUAACUAAGACACGCCUCCGGGCAAACUCCGCCCUGCUCAACAUCUGAACAGUGCGUGUGUCUGUAUUUAUUUCUGAGGUCUGAAGCAGCAGUGAAAAAGUGUUUUAAAUAGCUUCAGGAUCCCUGUGAACACCCUGAUUAAGGCACAUUUAUAUGCACUUAUGCAUAGGUCUAACUACCUGCAGUGUUUCAUUACAGGGCUUUAGUUUCAUUCAUGAGACCCUGAAUGUUUGGAGACGUUCUUCACCAUUCAAGCAGGAACAAAGUGCCCAGGCUACGUUACAGCAGUUAAUGCUAACAGCUGUAAUAAAACAUUCCAGCAUCUGUGUAUAAUAGACAUUCUCACCUUUUAUGGCCCCAACAUCUGCUAGGCCCUGGAUGGUAUCGUUAUCUUUCUAGUGGCAGUUUCUUUAGGGUGCCUGUGUAGUGUUUUACUGUGUGAUUGCUACUCAGUAUAAACCAGACGUUUUUUUAUUUCUUUUUUGGUCUCAUUUUGCUUUGCCUUUCGGGCUUCUAAGAAGAUACAAGUGUGACUUCCUGUGAAUCCUGUGCAUAAAUAAAUAGCAUGGCAUAGAAACAUUGUACAUUGUACAGUAAGAAUAUAAGCUUUUAUGAAGAGUAAUGUUCAUUAUAACAUUGUAAUCACAUAUUUAUACUGACUGGCAUAAGUCCUUAUAAGUACUUAUAGUGAUAACAUGACAGUUACAGUACUGCAGGUUAAAGCGAGGCCUUAACAUGACACAUUACAACAAAAGUAUAACUUCAUCACCUUCACUUUAGCAAUGCAGAGUCUUUAUAUCCAUAAUCUGGUCAUAAACUGAGCAUACAGGGUGUAUUUUUUUAAAUAACAUAAUAUUAAUGAAACUGUAAGUACUUACAUGAUAUUGCCAAAAGUUUUGGGACACCCCUCCAAAUCAUUGGAUUCAGGUGUUGUUUUUCAGGGGUUGGGCUCGGCCCCUUAGUUCGAGUGAAAGGAACUCUUAAUGCUUCAGCUUCAUACCAAGACAUUUUGGACAAUUUCAUGCUUUGUGGGAACAGUUUGGGGAUGACCCCUUCCUGUUCCAACAUGAGUGUAGACCAGUGCACAAAGCAAGGUCCAUAAAGACAUGGAGUUUGGUGUGGAGGAACUUGACUGGCCUGCACAGAGUCCUGACCUCAACCCCAUAGAACACCUUUGGGAUGAAUUAGAGCGGAGACUGUGAGCCAGACCUUCUCAUCUUACAUCAGUGCCUGACCUCACAAAUGCACUUCUAGAGGAACAGUCAAAAAUUCCCAUAAACACACUCCUAAACCUUGUGGAAAACCUUCCCAGAAGAGUUGAAGCUGUUAUAGCUGCAAAGGGCGGGACAACUCCAUAUUACAUUCAUGUGCGUGUAAAGGCAGAUGUCCCAAAACUUUUGGCAACUUAGUGUAUGAUGAGCCACUGAGAGCAUUACUCCUGCCGUAUCACACAAUCAUAACCGCAUUCCUUUCUGCAUCCAGGAUUCAUAGGAGGUGCCAAUACUUUUCGUUUUCACACUGAAAAUAGCUUUGUGUUUGAAUUUCCUUGUGGCUCACGUUUUUGCGCCUCUUGAACAUUCUUGUUUGCUGUACUGCAUGUCAUAUAAAAGCUGCCUAUGAACAUGAAUAUGCAUAGCUCUAUAACAGGCACAUGAUUCAACCGAGACUUCAGAAGUAUAUUUUAGAUGCUUUCAAAUAUUUUUUUGGUUUAAUCGGGGAUCAGGGGGUGAUACGUUAACGAGUAUGUAUUACGUAGAAUUAUUCAUUGCUAGUUGCAUAUUUUGUCUACUUGUAUAGCAGGAGAUUAGCAACGAUGUCAUUCUGUGUGUCAGCACAGAAAUUCUAACGAAACAGCAAAGAAUGUGAGAGUUUAUUUAUUGCUAUGGAUUUAUGGAUCAGACGGCUUUCUGUGAAGUUUUCCGGGAACGGGAAUAAAAUUUAUCUGGUAUCA